AUGAGAGACCCUCAGCAGACGACGAGACGCGAGACGGAGAGGGAGAGAGAGGAGAGUGAGAGGAGAGAGGAGGAGAGGAGAGGGGGGAGGAGAGAGGCAGUGAGAGAGAGAAGAGAGGGGAGAGACGAGAGAGAGGAUGGGGAGAAGUGGGAGACGAGAGAGAGAGAGAGAGGAGAGAGAGAGAGCCUGAUGUAAUAAGGGUAUUGAGGAACACCACUAGGUAAUUCGGUGUUGUUUUAAUUCUAAGCCACUCGGUCUUUGAGCUACAGAGACAACAGUGCUAAUGCUGGUUUUGUCUCCCGUCAACAAACAUUGAUUUUAGCUUUUUAAUGGAAAUUCCAAGCCAAAAAUAGGUCUCUGUCCGGUCACAGGGGUGACAUCAUAGAAAUUACAUGAACUAAUCAAAAAAAUAAGUUAUGUAUUAAGUUAAUGUAUUAAGUUUGUAUAGAUUUGUUUUAUUUGAGUACUUGUUAUUUUUCUUCUUUUAAAGUCUCAUAUGUUCUGUCAGGCAGCAACAGUUAGUAGCAGCCGACAGCCAGAAACCAUCUAAAGUUUCUAUUGUGCUCCGUACUGUGCAUCUUUAGCCAACAACGGUUUUGCCACCAAGGUACUAAGUCUGUUUUGCAGCGGGGGUCAAAUACUUAUUUCAUCAGGAAAAUGCCAAUACAUUUAUAACCUUUGGACAUGCGUUUUUCUGGAUUUUUUGUUGUGUUCUUCGGUCUCUUCACUGUUCAAAAUAAAACCUACCAUUAAAUUAUAGACUGAUCAUGUCUUUGUCAGUGGGCCAAGUACAAAAUGAGGGCAGGGGAUCAACAUACUUUUUUCACCUACUGUCUGUGUCCAGUAUUGUCCUGGCUGUAGUCAGCUCUAUUUCGCUUAGCUGCCUAGAAUGCUUUGCAGUGCCGUCGACUAAACUAUUGUGCUUAGUUCUUCAAAAGUACAUAAGGGCAUUUACUUUCACCAACCCUGUUCUGGGAGCUAUCGUCCUGUCCUGUAGGUUUGGAGUGAAAACCUACAGGAGGGUAGCUUCCAGCACAGGGUUUGUGAGCCCUGAUUUAAACCUAACGUAGCCGGCACGUAAAAGUGUACCGUCUUGAAAGAAAAAGCAAACAGGCGCAAGGAUUUCGGUCAUUGUAGGUUAUUACAACGCUCUGCACUGAACUAGGUUGAAGAUUUGCUUAAUGAAAACUCAACCCCUUCGCCCAGCGUCCACACUUUUUGACUCGAUUUCUCUCGUGAAUGUGUUGAUGUCUCUCUAGAGGAACGCGAAUUGGGACUCACACAAAAAACCUAAUGGAAUCAAGUAAUUAAAAUGACAGUCAGUCAAUUCCUUGGUUAAUCAGUAUUAAUCACUCGUUACUAUGUGUGUGUGUGCGGUGUGUGUGUGUGGUGUGUGUGCGGAUGUGUUGUUGCGUAUGUGUGAGUGUGUGUGUGUGUGCGGUCGUGUGUUGUGCGUGUCGCGUGAUGGAGUGUGUGUGUGCUAACAUGGGAGUUACUAAGGAUUGUUGUAGACUCUACCAUCGCACCACUGCUUUAAUGGAUCAGGGUUCGUACACUACGGCAGUAAUACUGUGGAUCAUAUCUACCUACUGCAGUAAACUGUGAUUAUAUCUACACUACUAUAGUAAUACUGUGAUAUAUAUACACUAUAUAUAGUAAUUUUUAAAAAAAAAAAACUGUGAUCAUAUCUAUGUUACUAUAGUAAUACUGUGAUCAUAUCACACUACGCAGUAAUUACUGUGAUUAUUAAUUACACUACUGCAGUAACUACGUUGAUCAUAUCUACACUACUGCAGUAAAAAUGGCUCAUAUCUACACUAAUGCAGUAAUACUGUGAUUCAUAUCGACACUACUAGUAUACUGUGAUCAUAUCUACACUUUACUGCAGUAAUUACUGAUGAUCAUCUCUACACUAUGCCGUAAUACUGUGUAUAUCUACACUAAUAUAGUAAUCUGUGAUUAUCUACACUACUGCAGUAUACUGUGAUGCAUAUCUACAUACUUAGUAAUACUGUGAUCAUAUUACACUACUGCAGUCACUACUUUGACCAUAUCUACACUACUAUUAGUAAAACGUGAUCAUAUCUACACUACUAUAGUAUUACUGUGAUUCAUAUUACAUACUAUAGUAAAACGUGAUCAUAUCACACUACUUAGUAAUACUGUGAUCAGAUCACCACUACAUAGUAAGGACUGUGAUCAUAUAUGACAUACUAUAGUUAAAACGGUGAUCAUAUCUACACUACUAUAGUAAUACUUUGAUCAUAUCUACGCUCCUAUAGUAAUACUGUGUCAUAUCUACGUACUAGAGUAAGACUGUGAUCAUAUCUACGCUAAUAUGUAAUACUGUGAUCAUAAUUUUUUUUUUUUAUUAUGCUACUAUAGUCUACUGGAUCAUAUCUACACUACUAUAGUAGUACUUGUUAUCAUCUCUACGUACGAGAGUAACUACUUGUGCUCCUCUCUAUGCUACUAUAGUCAUACUGUGAUUCUCUCACCCCUACUAUAGUACUACGUGCUCAUAUCUUACCUUACUAUAGUAAAACAGCUCACAGCCAUGAAGUGCUGCUUAGUGUGCUUGGCGUGUGCGUGCGCUGCGUGGUGCGUGCGUGCGUGCGGCGUGCGUGUGUGGCGUUGCCUGUGUAUUUAGGCUAUGUCAUCGUGGCCGGAGACCUGACCUCGGUUUUGAGACCCCCCAUGGGUACCCGAAUUUAUGUGUGACCGUGAUGUGGAUGUCAGCCUGUGGUUGUUUUACAGCGCUCCACGUUGUAGCCUCCUCACGUAUGUGAGUGUUACUAUUGCCUCUGUCAAGAGGUCCUAAGCUUUAUGGCACAGAUGUACCACACCACCCUUUAAGCAUAAAGGGUCGCUGGUUCAAGCCCUGCUCUGGCUGUUUUCUCCCUCCGUUAUUACAGUUACAUGCAUUGCCUCUUGCGCGAACACACACACACGCACACCAUUACAACACACACACACACACCAAUCCUAGGUUCGUUGACUCCUAGCAGGAACUGCUAGGCGAAGCCAACGUCUAUUGCUAACGUCUAACGUCUUCGUAACGGUAACGUCUAGGCUAAAGUCUAACGUCUAUUGCUAAAGUCUAUACGUCUAUGCUAACGUCAACGUCUUUGCUGCGCAUUACCUUAAAAGACCUUUGCUUGAAAAAAGUUUGUCACCUAUCGAGACAACGUAGCAACCUACAUAGCCAGUAACCUUCCUCAAAAUAGUCUGAAUUAAUCUAAAACGAAAUCUGUCAUUAAAUUUGACAGUUUUGUCGAGGAGGGUCUUAGACUUGCAUUUACAUCUAGCAAAAGAUGUUUGGUGCCGUAUUUCAAGUGAAAUGUUUUGCAGGAAAAACUAGUCGUCUCUCGUUUUUUAGUUGUGAAUGACAACAAACACUUUGUUAAAAAUCCUGUACAUACUUUCAUCCCCUAUGUUGACCAAUACCGAGAACGGGGUGUAGAUUUCAGCUACCGAACUUCGAUGGCAUCAAGAACAAAUGUAGUAACCCGGGCCGAAACACCCAAACCACGCACAGUUCCCGCUCUGCCAUAAAACAAACCGAUCAGCCCAGUCAAAAACUGCUUCGAGGCUCGGGACCCAACAAAGCUCCCUCACGGACGCCAGGGACAGCGGAGUCAUCACCAACUUCCGGAGACCUUUGAAACCCCACCUUUUAAGAAUACUGGGAUAGGAUAAAGUUAAUCCUUCUACCCCCCCCCCCCCCCCGCCCCCCCCCCCUCCCCUUUAACCAACCCCCCAACAAAAAAUAAAUAAAAAUAUGUGUAAAGUUGGGUGUCCACGGCUAUAAGGUGAAUGCAACAAUUUGUUAAGUCGCUCUGGUAAGAGCGUCUGCAUAAAAUGACGUAAAAUGUACAAGUCAAAUGUAAUAAAAACUUUAAAAAUCUGGAAAAAUAAAAUUAUAUGCCACCAACCAUUUGACUGGCUAGCUAGCAGCGACAGGCUUUAAUGCAAACCAUUUAGAAUGGCUAGCUCGCAUGCGAAGCUUUACUGCAGAGCUUUAAAAGUGGUGCGAAGAGACUAGGAAAAAAGCAUUGCUGGUGCUAUGGUAGUUUAUUUAAAACCCACUGGGCACACACUGGUUGAAUCAAUGUUGUUUCACGUCAUUCAAUGAAAGACGUUGAACCAACGUGGCAUAGAUGUGAAUGAGUCUGUGCACAUGGGAAAGGUUCUGAUGACAGUUUACUGUUGGUCCCUUUUUGUUCGGAAAAACCUGCUGUUGUUCAUCUUUCUGAUACACAGACGCAAACGCCACGUUCACACUGAUGGGGUUUCACACUCACACAGGCAAACUGUCAAUAAAUCAGGCAGUAUGACAAAUGGUCCAAGGGCCACCCACAAAAAAAUGUGGGUGUUCCGUGACUGCGUUUCUGGAUUUUUUUUUUGUUUAUUCUGUCUCUCAUGUUCAAAAUAACCUACCAUUAAAAUUAUAGACUGAUCAUGUCUUUGUCAGUGGGCAAACGUACAAAAUGAGCAGGGGAUCAAAUACUUUUUUCCCUCACUGUAUGUGCUCCAUAUUGUCCUGUCUUUAGUCAUCCUAUUUAGCUAGCCUGCCUAAGAAUGCUGCAGAGCUGUCUGACUAAAUAAUUGUGCUAGUUCUUCAAAGUACAUAAGGCAUACUUUCACCAACCCUGUUCCUGGAGAGCUAUCGUCCUGUCCUGUAGGUUUUGGAGUGAAAACCUACAGGAGGAUAGCUCUCCAGGAACAGGGUUUGUUGAGCCCUGAUUUAACCUAACGUAGCCGGCGUAAAAGUGUAUCCGUCUCUGGAAAGAACAGGCGCAAUGGAUUAGGUCAUUGUUGUUAAUUACCACAUUUCUGCACUGAACUAGGUUGAAUAUUUGCUUAAUGAAAACUACAACUCCCUUCAGCCCAGCGUCCCACACUUCUUGACUCGAUUUCUCUCGUGAAUGAUUUGAUUUCUCUCUAGAGAAACGGCGCAUUGGGCUCACACAAAAAACUAAUGGAAUUCAAGUAAUUAAACUGACAGUCAGUCAAUUACUUGGUUAAUCAGUUAAUCACUCAGUACUAGUGUGUGUGUGUGCGGUGUGUGUGUGUGUGUGUGUGUGCGGUGUGUGUGUGCGGAUGUGUGUGUGUGUGUGUGCGUGUGUGUGUGCGUGUGCGUGUGCGUGUGUGUGUGAUACCUGGGAGUACUAAGGCUUGUUGUAGUAUCUCCCAUCGCACCACUGCUUUUAAUGGACAGGGGUCAGUACACUACUGCAGUAUACUGUGAUAUAUCUACACUAUGCAGUAAUACGUGAUCAUAUCCAUACUAUAGUAAUUACUGUGAUCAUAUAUACACUACUAUGUAAUACUGUGAUCAUAUCUAUGCUACUAUAGUAAUACUGUGAUCAUAUCUACACUACUGCAGUAAUACUGUGAUCAUAUCUACACUACUGCAGUAAUACUGUGAUCAUAUCUACACUACUGCAGUAAUACUGUGAUCAUAUCUACACUACUGCAGUAAUACUGUGAUCAUAUCUACACUACUAUAGUAAUACUGUGAUCAUAUCUACACUACUGCAGUAAUACUGUGAUCAUAUCUACACUACUGCAGUAAUACUGUGAUCAUAUCUACACUACUAUAGUAAUACUGUGAUCAUAUCUACACUACUGCAGUAAUACUGUGAUCAUAUCUACACUACUAUAGUAAUACUGUGAUCAUAUCUACACUACUGCAGUAAUACUUUGACCAUAUCUACACUACUAUAGUAAAACUGUGAUCAUAUCUACACUACUAUAGUAAUACUGUGAUCAUAUCUACACUACUAUAGUAAAACUGUGAUCAUAUCUACACUACUAUAGUAAUACUGUGAUCAUAUCUACACUACUAUAGUAAUACUGUGAUCAUAUCUACACUACUAUAGUAAAACUGUGAUCAUAUCUACACUACUAUAGUAAUACUGUGAUCAUAUCUACGCUACUAUAGUAAUACUGUGAUCAUAUCUACGCUACUAUAGUAAUACUGUGAUCAUAUCUACGCUACUAUAGUAAUACUGUGAUCAUAUCUAUGCUACUAUAGUAUUACUGUGAUCAUAUCUACACUACUAUAGUAUUACUGUUAUCAUAUCUACAGUACUAUAGUAAUACUGUGAUCAUAUCUAUGCUACUAUAGUAAUACUGUGAUCAUAUCUACACUACUAUAGUAAUACUGUGAUCAUAUCUACACUACUAUAGUAAAACAGAUCACAGCCAUAGAAGCUGCUGCUUAGUGUGCUUGUGCGUGUGCGUGCGUGCGUGCGUGCGUGCGUGCGUGCGUGCGUGUGUGUGCGUGCCUGUGUAUUUAGGCUAUGUCAUAGUGGCCGGAGACUUACCUCAGCGUUUUGUAACCACAUGGGUAUACAGAAUUUCAUGUGUGACUGUGAUGUGAUGUCAGCCUGUGGUGUUUUUACAGCGCUACACGUGUAGCCUCCUCACUGUAUGUGAGUGUACUAUUGCCUCUGUCAAGAGGUCCAAGCUUUAAUGGCACAGAUGGUAACACACUCACCCUUUAAGCAUAAGGUCGCUGGUUCAAGCCCUGCUCUGGCUGUUCUCCCUCAGUUAUUACAGUACAUGCAUUGCCUACUUGCGCGAACACACACACACGCACACAUACACACACACACACACACACCAAUCCUAGGUUCUGUUUGCUCCUAGCAGAACCUGGCUAGGCGAAAGCCAACGUCUAUGCUAACGUCUAACGUCUAUGCUAACGUCUAACGUCUAUGCUAACGUCUAACGUCUAUGCUAACGUCUAUACGUCUAUGCUAACGUCUAACGUCUUUGCUCGCAUACCUUAAAAGACCUUUGCUUGAAAAAACGUUUGUCCCUCUCGAGACACCGUAGCAACUACAUAGCCAGUAACACUUCCUCAAAAUAGUCUGAAUUAAUCUAAAACGAAUCUGUCAUUAAAUUUGACAUUUUUGUCGAGGAGGUCUUAGACGUGCAAUUUUACAUCUAGCAAAAGAUGUUUGGUGCAGUAUUUCUCAAGUGAAAAUGUUUUGCAGGAAAACUAGUCGUCUCUCGUUGUGAAUGACAACAAACACUUUGUUGAAAAAUCCUGUCCAUACUUCUCAUCCCUACUGUUGACCAAUUACCGACGAAGGGGUGUAGACUUCAGCUACCGAACUUCGACUUGCCUCAAGAACAAAUGUAGUAAACCCGGCCGAACACCAAAACCAAGCACAGUUCCCGCUCAGCCCUAAAACUAAACCGCUCAGCCCAGUCAAAACUGCUCGCUGUUCGGGCACCCCAAAGCUCCCUCACGACGCCAGGACAGCGGAGUCACUCACCACCUUCCGUGAGACAUUGAAACCCCACCUCUUUAAGGAAUACCCCGGGAUAGGAUAAAGUAAUCCUUCUACCCCCCUCUUACCCACCCCCCCCCAAAAAAUAAUAAACAAUGUAAAGUGGUUGUCCCACUGGCUAUAAGGUGAAUGCACCAAUUUGUAAGUCGCUCUGGAUAAGAGCGUCUGCUAAAUGACGUAAAUGUACAAGUAAAUGUAAUAAAAACUUUAAAAAUCUUGUCAUAACAUAAUAAUAUAUGCACAAACCAUUUAGACUGGCUAGCUAGCAUGCGACAGGCUUUAAUGCAAACCAUUUAGACUGGCUAGCUAGCAUGCGACAGGCUUUAAUGCAGAGCUUUUAAAGUGGUGCGAAGAGAUUCAGGAACAGAUUGCUGGUGCUGUGUAGUUAUUUAAACCCACUGGGCACACACUGGUUGAAUCAAUGUUGUUUCCACGUCAUUUCAAUGAAAUGACGUUGAACCAACGUGGAAUAGAUGUUGAAUUGACGUCUGUGCCCAGUGGGAAAGGUUCUGAUGACAGUUUAAUGUUGGUCCCUUUUUUAGGACACAACCUGCUGCUUGUUCUAUAUUUCUGAUCACACCGACGCAACGCCACGUCUCACACUGAUUCACACUCACACCAGGCAAACUGUCAAUAAAUCAGGCAGUAUGACAAAUGGUCCAAGGGCCACCCACCCAAAAAAAAUGUGUGUUGUUCCGUGAAAACGGAAAUGCUACAUUUCAGCAACAUAAUGUAUAUAAUGUAAUGAACAUUAAACAUUCCGACAUCGAUAUGUUUCACCUUGGUUACUUUUGUUGCACACUUUGGUAUUUAUUUGGUAUUUAUUUGGUAUUUAUUUGGUAUUUAUUUGGUAUUUAUUUGGUAUUUAUUUGGUAUUUAUUUGGUAUUUAUUUGGUAUUUAUUUGCAACAGGACCAGCUACUCCAUCCUGGGGUCCACACUGGCACACAGAACUAUGUGGUGCGUUCAGGGUUCCUCCUUGCAUCAGCUCAAGCAAACAGAUGUUACCUUCACCUGAUCCAGAUGAACCCCGAAACGUGGAAAUAUAUUUUAACCAUGUGGUUUUUCUCAGUUAUUAUAAGACGUUUUGGCAGCUGUAUUUAGCCUACAAAGGCCUCCAUUGCUCUUGCCUGCUAGCCAAACUAAAUACAGUUAACACAGCUAUGAAUAACCUUUUACUGCGGUGGGCUUAAGUCAGGGUCACACAGAGUGUUUCUUUUAGUCUUAAACAAAUCUACUUUGAAACAAAAGUAUACACCUCACACACACACACACACGGUUGUUUGAAAUAAAUAAGACACCUGUACCAUGUCAGAUAUAGAGUUGAAAUGUAUUCCAUUUUGAGUUUGCAUCACAAUACUACACUUUAUAUACAUCACGGAAGACCGAAACAUAACUAAACCGUUUGACACGUUUGUUAAUUAUGAAAAUAUUAACAUUCCACCCAUGCAUUCAAAUGCAGGAAAGGGCUACAACAAAGCAACGUCCCGACAGCUAAAUUAAACACUGUUCUGGCAUCUGAGAAACAUUUAUUUAGCCGUUAACAGGUUCUUAUUAUCUCUUAUUAUUUCGGGAUUCCUCCAGUCCAGUAUUAAUGCGUUGCUUUCUGCACUGGACAUGGAAUGUUUGUAACAUUGGUAACCGAGAUGUAACAUGGCAACCUCACAAUGUUGCUAGGGGCAAUUACCCAAAAUAUUUGUUAUGAUUUCGAAAUUCGUACCUUUGAUUUAUAAUAUUAAAUUGAAUGUGCACAUUUCCCACGUUUUUUGAAUCACACAGUGUUCAUGUUCAUAACAUUAUCUACGUAAUGAUAUUGAAACUUAGCAGUUUUGUUUUCCUGGGUCACAGAAGGCUAUUUUCUGAAGCCUUUUUUUUUUGGACUGAAAGACAUGUAGACUUCUGCCACCUGAUUUACACUGGUAUAUACUGCAGAAUGUUGCUAAAUAAAUAUCUGAGUCCCAAGUUUGACCAUUUCAGGUGAAUCAUGAAUUGUUACUUAUUAAGACAUUUCUACCGAUUCCUAUGAGACCACCGUGUGGCAGCUAUAGACGCGUUAUAAAGUCAAACCCACGUGACAUUUACAAUCUCCGAUGGCUUAGGAAAAUACAUAAAACUUCAAAACCAAAUCCCCAAGUCUCCUCUCCACAUCAGUAAAUGUAGUGCUAACUUGAAUAGCCUAGCGGUGCUAGCUAGUCGUGUAAGUGAAUCAUAGAUGGCCAGCCAGAUGGAAAGACUGAGGGUGUUGUGACCUCGUUACACCCGGCAGGGACAGACCUUGACUCACUCACUUCCUGGUCUCAGUUUAUGUUGGGGAACCCACUUGGUUACAGCACCAUAACAUGGGAGUAAACACAGGACAGAGGGGGCAACGUGUGUCUGUCUGUCUGUCUGUCUGUCUCUCUGUCUUUCUGUCCAUCUGUCUGUCUCUCUCUCUGUCCGUCUCUCUCUCUGUCUGUCUGUCUGCCUGCCUGCCUGCAUGUCUGUCCGUCUCUCUCUCUGUCUGUCUGUCUGCCUGCCUGCCUGCCUGCAUGUCUGCCUGCCUGCCUGCAUGUCUGUCCGUCUGCCCGUCUGUCUCUCUGUCCAUCUGUCUGUCUCUCUGUCUGUCUCUCUCUCUGUCUGCCUGCAUGUCUGCCUGCCUGCCUGCAUGUCUGUCCGUCUGCCCGUCUGUCUCUCUGUCCAUCUGUCUCUCUCUCUCUCUGUCUGUCUCUCUCUCUGUCUGUCUCUCUGUCUGUCUCUCUCUGUCUGUCUGUCUGUCUGUCCGUCUGCCCGUCUGUCUCUCUGAACAUGUAGACUUUAAACUCACUUCAAAGGAGUCCGCACCUGCUGUCUCGACCUCUGAAUGCUCAGCUGUGAAAAGCCAACUGACAUUUACUCCUGAGGUGCUGACUUGUUGCACCCUCUACAACCACUGGGAUUAUUAUUUGACCCUGCUGGUCAUCUAUGAACGUUUUAACAUUUUGAAGAACGAUCUGGCCUGAAAUGGCCAUGUACUCUUAUAAUCUCCACCCGGCACAGCCAGAAGAGGACUGGCCACCCCUCAGAGCCUGGUUCCUCUCUAGGUUUCUUCUUAGGUUCCUGCCUUUCUAGGGAGUUUUUCCUAGCCACCGUGCUUCUACAUCUGCAUUGCUUGCUGUUUGGGGUUUUAGGCUGGGUUACUGUAUAAGCACUUUGUGACAACUGCUACUUUCUCCUUCCUUCUCACAGACCGCUUUACGGCGGAGAGGGAGCAGGGAAACGUUUAAGGACAAGAAGUAUGUGAACCAGGACGACAGUGCAGAUCUCAGGUGCCAGCUGCAGUUCUCUAAGGAAGAAUCCACCCUCAUGCGUAAGAAGAUGGCCAAGCUGGGGAGGGAGAAGGAAGAGCUGGAGCAGGAGAUCCAGAAGUAUAAGUCAGUCUACGGGGACGUGGACAGCCCUCUACCCCUGGCAGAGCUUGCCGGUGGUGGGCCUCACAGCACCAGGGAGGCCGAGCUACGGCUCCGGCUCAAACUGGUGGAGGAAGAGGCUAAUAUUCUGGGGAGGAAGAUCGUUGAACUAGAGGUAGGUGCCCUGACUGUUUUACCUUUGGCUGUGUGUCCCAAACGUCACCCUUUUCCACUAUUUUAGACCAGAGUCCUAAGCACUACUUUAGACCCAGGGGGCUCUGGUCUAAAGUAGUGCACUACAUAGCGAAUAGGAGGUCAUUUCGGACACAAACUUUGUCUUCAAUUUUAACUUUGUAUAGCAUGAAAAUCAUUUCAUAAAUAAAAAACAUUAUUAUCAUUAUUAUCAGGUGGAGAACCGAGGCCUGAGGGCUGAGAACGAGGACAUCCGCUGCCAGUACGAGAGGGACUGUUUCGGCCGGGAGCCCUUCGGCAGCAUGCCCUCCUCCCCGUAUGGCGGAGACGCUCUGGAGUCAGCCGGGGAGCUGCGGCGCCACCUACAGUUUGUAGAGGAAGAGGCAGAACUUCUCCGGCGGUCCAUCUCAGAGAUCGAGGACCACAACAAACAGCUGACCUCCGAACUGAACCGCUUCAAGUUCGGCCCGAGAGACGAGGAGGUUGAGGUCGGAGUGAUGCUGAUGAAGACCGGUAAUGGGAGUAACGGUGGCAGCGGGGGUAACGGGAGCGGUGUGGUGAUGAUGGAGGAGCUGAAAGCAGCCAGGAUGCAGAUCAACGAGCUCAGCGGGAAGGUGUGUAGCAUGAUGUACUACAGUACCCAUAAUGCUCUGUGUAUGAUGUACUACAGUACCGAUAAUGCUCUGUGUAUGAUGUACUACAGUACCCAUAAUGCUCUGUGUAUGAUGUACUACAGUACCCAUAAUGCUCUGUGUAUGAUGUACUACAGUACCCAUAAUGCUCUGUGUAUGAUGUACUACAGUACCCAUAAUGCUCUGUGUAUGAUGUACUACAGUACCCAUAAUGCUCUGUGUAUGUAGUACUACAGUACCCAUAAUGCUCUGUGUAUGUAGUACUACAAUACCCAUAAUGCUCGGUGUAUGACGCACUACAGUACCCAUAAUGCUCUGUGCAUUGUAUCCGGUUGUUAUCUUAAUAAAGACGUUUUAUCUUAAGACGUUCCUGAAGCUAACAUAAUGGUGUCUUGUCUCCUCACCCGUCCAGGUAAUGAAGCUGCAGUAUGAGAACAGAGUCCUGAUGUCCAACGUUCAGCGCUGUGACCUGGCCCAACACCUGGGCCUCCGCACCGGCUCCCCACGGGACAGCGAUGCAGACAGCGACACCGGCCGCCGCGACACCGCCGAGGAGGAAGAGACCGGGAGGCUCCUCCUCCUACACCCCAAGAGGGAGGGGCCUGUCGGCGGCGAGAGCGACUCGGAGGACCUGUUUGAGAAGACGACCACGACAUCGGGGUUCGGAAGUCACAAGCCCUCAGACGCCACGGAACUAGCCAACCUCAGACGAGAAGAACGCGAGAUGUUCAUGAACGUCAAACGAGAAGCAGAGCGUCUUGGGAAGACUGUAGACCGUCUCAUUACCGACACGGACAGUCUGAUCUACGAGGGAAAGAUUGUAGUAACAGGAGGGGACAGUCUCUGCAUAGAGGGGUUCAGAGGACACAGAGGGGAGGGAAGUGGAGAGGACAGGGGGGACACCACCACCCUCCCCGAGUCCCUACAAGACUCCCAGGUCCUGGACACUAUCAACACCCGUAUGAAGGCCUUCAGGACAGAGCUCCAUAUCUUCAUGGACAAGGUGGAUCACCUGGGAGACGGGCUGAGGGAGAGGGGAGGGGACCGGGAUCGGGGGGACGACCUGUCGCCCAUGCCCAACCUUACCGAGUCCAGCAGCUUCCUGUCAGGGGUCACCUCCAUGUCCCGAGACUCGCCCAUCAGCACCCUGGGACGCGACCUGGUUACAGACUUCCAGGUAAGGAAGACAGGACGGGACACUCCUGUGACCUCUGACCUGUAUCUGUCUCUAUCCAGGGGUACGGCCGAAACGGCACACUAUUCACUAUGUAGUGACUACUUUUGACCAGAUCCUUAUGGCUUGCUUUACUUGGCUUAAGCCCUUGUCUCAUAUAAGGAGCAUUUGACUGCUGUCCUCGGUUUGGAGCAAGUAUUUCCAGCUUGCACCAGUUCAGAGCCCUAUAGGCCCUGGUCUAAAGUAAUGCACUAAAUAAGGAAUAAGGUGCCACCUGGGUUGCAGACCACGCCCCAAUACACGUUUGUACUGUCUCCCUGCUACAUCUGGACGUCAACCCCCUGGCUGCUUCCUUAUUGGCUCAAGUAUCAAUAAGUAUCAAUAAGACUUAUUAAUAAGUCAGUUAGAAGUUAUUAUGGAAAACAUUACAGUAAUAAAACGUAGUUGAUAUUUGUUCAUUAACCGGGACAUAAAAAAGGGGGUUAUUUUUGCGAAGCAUGAAUAACUAUUAGACAUAAAACAUGCUCACCCGUAUUCCUUCUGAGGCAUUAUGAUACCGGAGGAUCAAAAGAGCAAUAAAAAGAAGGUUGAAGUAAUGAACAUGUCUUGUCAGAGAGCGCAAUGUGACUUUAAACAGCAGUGAGGAAUAGGGUUAAUCUGCAAAGUAACGUUUAGCCAAGGGGAUAUAGACAAUCCAGGGGGUCAGUCCCAAAUGGUACCCUAUUCCCUAGAACACUACUUUUGUGUAAUGCACUAUAAAAGUACUUUAAAAGUGACUAGGGUGCCACUUGGGAACGCAGACAGAGUCACAGACAGGAGAAUUACAAAACCCAUAAAGGGAGUCUGUGUAAAUGGUAGAGUCCGUUGCUACUGGAUUUAAACAGUAUAAAACCCCAAAGGGGAGUCUGUGUAAAUGGUACAGUCCAUUGCUACUGGAUUUAAACAGUAUAAAACCCCAAGGGGAGUCUGUGUAAAUGGUACAGUCCAUUGCUACUGGAUUUAAACAGUAUAAAACCCCAAGGGGAGUCUGUGUAAAUGGUACAGUCCAUUGCUACUGGAUUUAAACAGUAUAAAACCCCAAAGGGGAGUCUGUGUAAAUGGUAGAGUCCAUUACUACUGGAUUUAAACAGUAUAAAACCCCAAGGGGAGUCUGUGUAAAUGGUAGAGUCCAUUACUACUGGAUUUAAACAGUAUAAAACCCCAAGGGGAGUCUGUGUAAAUGGUACAGUCCAUUACUACUGGAUUUAAACAGUAUAAAACCCCAAAGGGGAGUCUGUGUAAAUGGUACAGUCCAUUACUACUUGAUUUAAACGGUAUAAAACCCCAAAGGGGAGUCUGUGUAAAUGGUACAGUCCAUUACUACUGGAUUUUGAACUCAUCCAAGUGAGCAGUCGUGGUAGAGCCAUUCCCAGCCUCUAAAUGUGAUGCUAAUGCAGCGUAGCGCGGCAAAUACACAGAACCAUUCAUCACAGCUAGCCAGGUCUGAAAUGGCACCCUAGUCCCUAUGUAGUGCACUACGUUUCAUCAGGGCCCAUAGGGGUGCCAGGUCUGAAAUGGCACCCUAGUCCCUAUAUAGUGCACUACGUUUCACCAGGGCCCAUAGGGUGCCAUUUGGGAGAUAGCCCCAGGUCUGGACAGCUUUAUUAAAGGACUGGUCCACUCAGAACACAAGUCAAGUUUUUAAUUUAAAGUCUGUUUCACACUGGUCUCAAGUUCAACACACGUCAUGAGGCAUAAACAAACAACAUCUAUGGACCCCUAUGUUCAGACGCAACACUGCAUAUUCCUGGGGACCGCCAGUGGGUGCUCAUCUGUUCUCUAUCCCAGCACUACCACACCGGAUUCAAUGAACCAACUGAAUCAGUUGUUUUAGUGCUGGGCUAAAACAAAAAUUGUGAACAUCUUGAUCGAUGGAUUGAGAAACAAGAGGUGUACAUUUACAUUUUAGUCAUUUAGCAGACGCUCUUAUCCAGAGCGAUUUACAUGAGCAAUUAGGGUUAAGUGCCUUGCUCAAGGGCACAUCGACAGAUUUUUCACCUAGUCGGCUCAGGGAUUAGAACCAGCGACCUUUCGGUUACUGGCACAACGCUCUUACCCACUAAGCUACCUGCAGAGGUUCCCAGGGGCCACAGCAGCCACUGCCCCACCUCAAGCCACCCAGCUCAGCCACACAGUCCCCACCCCCAUCCUCCCUAGUCCCCACCCCCAUCCUCCCUAGUCCCCACCCCCAUCCUCCCUAGUCCCCACCCCAUCCUCCCUAGUCCCCACCCCCAUCCUCCCUAGUCCCCAACCACCAUCUCUCACACUCGUUACCGCUGCUGCAUCCACAUACCCAUACGCACCUGCAACCUGCACCCAAAAAUAGCACCCUGACGACUUCAUCCAUCGCCCUGACCUGAACCAACAUGCAGAUGCCUGCUUCAAACUCAGUGGGGACAAACGGUGGUUCGAAGGUGUUUCUUCCAGACGGCUUUUUGCAGAAUUGAUCAAUCAACCAAUGACUUAACCAAUCAACCAAUCCAUUUAUAGAUCAGAGUGCCGAGUCGCCUUUAGAAGAAACAAGCUACUGUCAAACCCUGCCUCCACUGAUGAAAUGAAUCAACACGUAAACAUACUAUGUGGUUUUCACAACAACAACAACCCCCACCGGCCUCUGCUGACUGCAGUAUUGCAGGAUGUCUUCUUUUGAACCUCUGUUAAGCAGAUUGUUCAAUGAAGAAGUUCUCAAUUAAGAAUAGAUUCUCAUUUGACAGUGGAUUAGCGAUAGUGGCUCAUGGCUCAUAUGAUCUGCUUUACCCUCUGUACUCUGCCUAUAGGUCCCCUUGGCUGGGUGUGAGAUAUAUUGUAACUCAACCAACAGCUACUGCAAACAACUAAAUAAACAGCCGCAACAACCAAACACUCUCUCAAGCAUGAACGCUGUGGUCUGUCCGCAUUUCUGAAAUAAAGGAAAUAAAGUUAAAAUCAAAAAGUUGAAUGAUAAAAACUUUAAAUAAAGUUCAAACCUGUUGAACGUUAAUGUUAAGUGGAUGGCUGUAUAAAACAUAUCUCCAUGAGAGGGCCAUGAACAGUACCUAUUAAUACCUUAUAGCGUUAGAAAGCUCAGAUGUUCUGCUUUUCUUUGUUGUAUUUGUUAUUUAUCUAUGAUAUAGGAAAUACUAUGACAAACAGUACAUCGUAGAUUUCAUUUUCAAACGUCAUACGCUAUGAACAACCUAUUCAUGAACAAUGGGGGAAUAGGGCUUGGAUUUUGUUGUUGUUGAUCAUCUACAAAACUCACAAUCAGCUUUAUAAUUGACACACUAUAAGAUUUCAGCUGGCCUUAUUACUGUAAUCAUGUUUAUAUAUACAGAGCAUUCGGAAAGUAUUCAGACCCCUUGACUUUUUCAAAAUGUUAUUACUUUACAGCCUUAUUCUAAAAUGGAUUAAAUUGUUUUCCCCCCCUCAUCAAUCUACACACAAUACCCCGUAAUGACAAAGCAAAAACAGGUUUUUAGAAAUGUUUGCAAAUGUAUAUAAAAAUUUAAAAAACGGAUAUACAUUUACAUAAGUACUCUGACCCUUUACUCAGUACUUUGUUGAAGCACCUUUGGCAAUGAUUACAGCCUCAAGUCUUCUUGGGUAUGACGCUACAAGCUUGGCACACCUGUAUUUGGGGAAUUUCUCCCAUUCUUCUCUGCAGAUCCUCUCAAGCUCCGUCAGGUUGGAUGGGGAGCGUUGCUGCACAGCUAUUUUCAGGUCUCUCCAGAGAUGUUAGAUCAGUUUCAAGUCCGGGCUCUGGCUGGGCCACUCAAGGACAUUCAGAGACUUGUCCCGAAGCCACUCCUGCGUUGUCUUGGCUGUGUGCUUAGGGUCGUUGUCCUGUUGGAAGGUGAACCUUCUGAGGUCCUGAGCGCUCUGGAGCAGGUUUUCAUCAAGGAUCUCUCUGUACUUGGCUCUGUUCAUCUUUACCUCGAUGCUGACUAGUCUCCCAGUCCCUGCCACUGAAAAACAUCCCCACAGCAUGAUGCUGCCACCAUCAUGCUUCACCGUAGGGAUGGUGUUGGCCAGGUGAUGAGCGGUGCCUGGUUUCCUCCAGAUGUGAAGCUUGGCAUUCAGGCCAAAGAGUUAAAUCUUGGUUUCAUCAGAUCAGAGAAUCUUGUUUCUCAUGGUCUGAGAGUCCUUAAGGGCUGUCACGUGCCUUUUACUGAGGAGUGGGUUCCGUCUGGCCACUCUACCAUAAAGGCCUGAUUGGUGGAGUGCUGCAGAGAUGGUUGUCCUUCUGGAAGGUUCUCCCAUCUCCACAGAGGAACUCUGGAGCUCUGUCAGAGUGACCAUCGGGUUCUUGGUCACCUCCCUGACCAAGGCCCUUCUCCCCCGAUUGUUUGGCCAGGCGGCCAGCUCUAGGAAGAGUACUUGGUGGUUCCAAACUUCCAUUUAAGAAUGAUGGAGGCUACUGUGUUCUUGGGGACCUUCAAUGCUGCAAAAAAAUUGUUGGUACCCUUCCCCAGAUAUGUGCCUUGAGACAAUCCUGUCUCAUGAGCUCUAAGGACAAUUCCGUCGACCUCAUGGCUUGGUUUUUGCUCUGACAUGCACUGUCAACUGUGGGACCUUAUAUAGACAUGUGUGUGCCUUUCCAAAUCACGUCCAAUCAAUUGAAUUUGCCACAGGUGGACUCCAAUCAAGUUGUAGAAACAUCUCAGGGAUGAUCAAUGGAAACAGGAUGCAUCUGAGCUCAAUUUCGAGUCUCAUAGCAAAGGGUCUGAGUACUUAUGUAAAUAAGGUAUUUCUGUUUUUUAUUUGUAAUAAAUUAGCAAAAAUUUGCUUUGUCAUUAUUGUGUGUAGAUUGAUUAGGAACAUGUUCUAUUUAAUCAAUUUUAGAAUAAGGCUGUAAAGUAACAAAAUGUGGAAAAAGUCAACGGGUCUGAAUACUUUCCGAAUGCACUGUAACUAGUGGUCAGGAAAAUCCUUCACUGUUGUCAUUCAUUGUUGACUCUCUCCCCCUGUGAACAUACCACAGAGUUCGCUAGCGACUCUAAUGAUUCGUCACGAUCUGAACUUUUCAUCUAAUAUAAAGUGUUUCACAUCUUCAAAUUGUGUUCAAGUUUUUUAUUUUUAUUAAAUGAGAUAUAAAUUGAUGUGUGUUUGUCGUAGAAUGACGGGACUGCUUCCUAUCGCUGCAGAAGAAUCUCAAAUUUGCAGCACUAUGCGGCCUGUGUGCCUGUGAUGUAUUGUUCCGCCACAAAUUGACAGACAGUCCGAUCAGCGAAAAUGUGCGUUAAGGCGGGACUCCCGAGCCUCCAAUGGCUGUGGUUAUUUAACCCGAUACCCCAGAGUCACCUGAGACCAACUGAAUAGAAGCAUGGGAACGAAGCAAUAUGCCUUGAAUAAAACAAUUAAAUUAUAACAAAAGUCCACUAAUUUUUAAGAGAAAAAAAGCAUUACACGUGUGUAGAGUUAAGAUCUAAGCUACGUUACCUUUUCCUAACCGCUUCUACUGCAUGGCUGCUGGCAUGCGUUUAGCAUGUGGUGAGUUAGCUGAAGCUAACAGUUUGCCGUGGUAAUAUUCUAUCUAUCUAUCAGCAGGUUGGUUUGGACUCAUGUAUCCCUCAUUGCAUGCGCUUCAUAACCAGUGUUUUUGCAUUCUUUUUUUCCCCCCAUCCCUCUUUUUUUUCUCCUCCUCUUUGUGUUCCCUCCAUCCUUCAGAUGUUUCAGCCAAUCAUGUUGUUCAUCCUCAUUCUAGUCCUCUUCUCGUCUCUCUCGUACGCCGUGGUCUUUAAGUUGGUCUUUCUCUUUGCACUUUUCUUUGUUCUCUAACUCUGUUCCAUUCCGUCCGUUAUGUUCCAUUAGUUGUUUCCUGCUGUUUUAGUUUUUAGUUCUCUAACCCGUCUGUUCUCUUUUAGUUUUUAGUUCUCUAACCCGUCUGUGUCUCUUUCUGUUUAGUUUUUAGUUCUCUAACCCGUCUGUUCUGUUUUUAGUUUUUAGUUUUUUUCUCUAACCCGUCGUUCUCUUUUAGUUUUUAGUUCUCUAACCCGUCUGUUCUGUUUUUAGUUCUCUAACCCGUCUGUUCUGUUUUAGUUUUUAGUUCUCUAACCCGUCUGUUCUGUUUUAGUUUUUAGUUCUCUAACCCGUCUGUUCUGUUUUAGUUUUUAGUUCUCUAACCCGUCUGUUCUUGUUUUUAGUUCUCUAACUUGUCUGUUCUGUUUUAGUUUUUAGUUCUCUAACCCGUCUGUUCUGUUUUUAGUUCUCUAACCCGUCGUUCUGUUUUUAGUUCUCUAACCCGUCUGUUCUUUUUUUAUUUUUUUUAUUUCCCUCUAACCCGCCCUGUUUUUUAGUUUUUUUUUCUUAACCCUUCUGUUUUUUUGGUUUUUAGUUCUCUAACCCUUUUCGGUUUUCUUUUUUUGGGUUCUCUAACCCGUCUGUUCUUUUUAUUUUUUGGUUUUUAAAACCCGCCCUUUUUUUGUUUUUAGUUCUCAAACCCCUUUUUGUUCUUUUUAUUUUUUUAUUUCUCAAACCCCGGGUCUGUUUUUUUGUUUUUUUCUCUCAAAACCCGGGUUUUCCCGUUUUUUGUUCCCCUAACCGUUGUUCUUUUAAAUUUUUUUAAAGUUCUUAACCCUUUUUCUUUUUGUUUUUAGUUCUCAACCCCGUCUUUUUCUCUUUUAGUUUUUUAGUUCACUAACCCUUCUGUCCUUUUUUUUGUUUUCUCUAACCCGUCGUUCUUUUUUGGGUUUUUUAUUUCUCUAACCCUUUGGUUUUGUUUUUUAGUUCUCUAACCCGUCUGUUUUUUUUUUAGUUUCAAACCCCGUUUUGUUCUUUUUUAGUUUUUAGUUUUCAAACCCCCUUUGGGUUCUUUUUUUGGGUUCUCUAACCCUUCUUUCUUUUUUGUUUUUAUUUUUAAAAACCCCGUUUUUUUUGUUUUUAUUUUUUUCCAAACCCCGUCUGUUUUUUUUUUAUUUUUUAGUUCUCAAACCCCGUCUGUUUCCUUUUUUUUUUGGUUCUCAAACCCGUCUGUUCGUUUUUAGUUUUCCCCCGCUUUUUUUUUCCCCCCCUUUUGUUUUUUUUUAGUUCUCUAACCCCCCCUUUGUUCCUUUAGUUUUUAGUUUCUAACCCGUCUGUCUGUUUUAGUUCUCUACCCGUCUGUUCUGUUUUAGUUUUUAGUUCUCUAACCCGUCUGUUCUCUUUUAGUUUUAGUUCUCUAACCCGUCUGUUCUCUUUUAGUUUUUAGUUCUCUAACCCGUCUGUUCUGUUUUAGUUUUUAGUUCUCUAACCCGUCUGUUCUCUUUUAGUUUUUAGUUCUCUAACCCGUCUGUUCUCUUUUAGUUUUUAGUUCUCUAACCCGUCUGUUCUGUUUUUAGUUCUCUAACCCGUCUGUUCUGUUUUUAGUUCUCUAACCCUUCUGUUCUCUUUUAGUUUUUAGUUCUCUAACCCGUCUGUUCUGUUUUAGUUUUUAGUAGAUUUUUUCCCCCUUGGCUUUGUCUUCUUUACCCAUUUUUUAUGUUUUUUUUUUUUUUUAUAUUCCUCCACGUUUGUUUGUUGUCAUUCGUCUGCUUGUUCCGUUCACCCACCAAUCCGCUUCAUGCACUCCCCUCCUCCCCUCUGUCCCCACCUCCAUCCCCUCUGUCCCCACCCCCAUCCCAUCUAUCCCCACACCCCCACACACUUCCCUCACCUGUCACCCCCCCUGACCCCCCCCCCCCCCCCAGUCACAGUCCGGUGCGAGGGAUGAGCUGGAGUGGCGUCUAGGACAGGAGCGAGACGUGGAGACCCAGGGCCAGAGCCAUGACCAGGGGGGUCUGCCUCAGGGUCCCGCCCAGAACAGGGGAGCCAUCCUGGGACACACUAGAUACCACAGGGCCCCCCUGGCUUCUUUAAGACCGGAGGUCAGUGCCUCUUUCAUCUCCCUCCCUCCCUCCCUUCUCCCUGUAGUGGGACUGGAUGAGGACAGACAGAACACACCUGUGUAAAGUUUACACUAAGGUUUACACUACAGUGUAAAGUAAAGAUUUAGGGGGCGUUGCAUUAUGUGCGUAGAGUUAAGAUAUUUCUUAAAGCUUUCUUAGCUCAACUGCUUUGACCGCAUGGCUUUUCAGAGUCACGCAUAUAAUAGACAUGAGUCAAGUACAGGUGCAAAAUUAUUUAAUGUGCUUCAUGUGACUUGAUCAAUGUGUUCCGUGCAGGUUUGAAUUUGGCCAGGAGCCAAAUUCAAGCUAAAGUAAUAGUUGAAGUGUUCCAGUUCUCACUUUUAAUAUUAUCCUAUCAAGGUUGGUAUUUUAGAGUCGGUGGAGGUACCAGUGCUCGAGCUGUAUAGGCUAGGUGUCUGUUCUCAGCACCGGCCCACAUAAUAAUAAUAAUAAUAAUAUGCCAUUUAGCAGACGCUUUUAUCCAAAGCGACUUACAGUCAUGUGUGCAUACAUUUUUUUUUGUUUAUGGGUGGUCCCGGAUGAUCGAACCCACUACCCUUGGCGUUACAAGCGCCGUGCUCUACCAGCUGAGCUACAGAGGACCACUUCAUGAGUAUAUAUUGUAUUCUAGUCAUGGCUCAUCCUAUAUAACUACUGUAUAGGCUAGGUGUCUGUUCUCAGCACCGGACCACUUCAACCUCUAAGCUAAGUCUAUUGUUAUCUUGCAAAAGCCACUCAGACCAACAUGCCAUCCAGUAACACUCCAGCCACAUUCACGUUCUCUCUUUCUGUCUCUUUCUGUUUUUAUCACAACAGUCGUCCACUCUCAUCUUUUUAAGUGGGAGAACUUUGUCACGCCCUGGCUCUGGGGACACUGUUAUGUUGAGCCAGGGUGUGUAAUUCUAUGUUUGUAUUUCUAUGUUGGCCUGAGUGACUCCCAAUCAGAGGCAACGAGUGUCAGCUGGUUGUCUCUGAUUGGGAGCCAUAUUUAACUGUCUGUCUUUCACUUUGUGUUUGUGGUUUCUUGUUCUUAUUUGGUUUGUUUAUGUAACCAGAGACAUCACGUUUUCGUCUGUUAUUUUGAUCAUGUGAUCAUACCCUAAUAAAUAUAAAUAUGUUCACCUUCAACGCUGCGCAUUGGUCCUCCUCCUUAGACGAGCGUGACAAACUUGCACAAUUGGUGGCUGACUAAAUACUUUUUCCCCCCAUUUUAUUUUAUAUUUUAUGUUACAUUUUAGACUCAGAGCUUCAAAAUGGUAUACAAUACACUGCAGUUCAUUGCAAAGUGUAAUACACUUGUUAUCCCACUUUGGAGACAAGUAGGAGUUGAAUGAAUGUCACACUUUCUAGAGAGCUCUUCUGGGUUUAGGCCCAUUCAGCAUAGUUCACACCCUCAUAAGCCUUAGCCCCACCCAUCUCUUUAAGGGUUCCCAUGUAAACGCAGGGGUCAGCAUGUAAACGCAGGGGUCAGCAUGUAAACGCAGGGGGUCAGCAUGUAAACGCAGGGGGUCAGCAUGUAAACGCAGGGGGUCAGCAUGUAAACGCAGGGGGUCAGCAUGUAAACGUAGGGGGUCAGCAUGUAAACGCAGGGGGUCAGCAUGUAAACGCAGGGGGUCAGCAUGUAAACGCAGGGGUCAGCAUGUAAACGCAGGGGGUCAGCAUGUAAACGCAGGGGUCAGCAUGUAAACGCAGGGGUCAUUAUGUAAACGCAGGGGUCAGCAUGUAAACGCAGGGGUCAGCAUGUAAACGCAGGGGGUCAGCAUGUAAACGCAGGGGUCAGCAUGUAAACGCAGGGGGUCAGCAUGUAAACGCAGGGGGUCAGCAUGUAAACGCAGGGGGUCAGCAUGUAAACGCAGGGGUCAGCAUGUAAACGCAGGGGUCAGCAUGUAAAUCAGGGGGUCAGCAUGUAAACGCAGGGGGUCAGCAUGUAAACGCAGGGGUCAUUAUGUAAACGCAGGGGUCAUUAUGUAAAUGCAGGGGUCAGCAUGUAAACGCAGGGGGUCAGCAUGUAAACGCAGGGGGUCAGCAUGUAAACGCAGGGGGUCAGCAUGUAAACGCAGGGGGUCAGCAUGUAAACGCAGGGGGUCAGCAUGUAAACGCAGGGGGUCAGCAUGUAAACGCAGGGGGUCAGCAUGUAAACGCAGGGGUCAGCAUGUAAACGCAGGGGGUCAGCAUGUAAACGCAGGGGGUCAGCAUGUAAACGCAGGGGUCAUUAUGUAAACGCAGGGGUCAGCAUGUAAACGCAGGGGGUCAGCAUGUAAACGCAGGGGGUCAGCAUGUAAACGCAGGGGUCAGCAUGUAAAACGCAGGGGUCAGCAUGUAAACGCAGGGGGUCAGCAUGUAAACGCAGGGGGGUCAGCAUGUAAACGCAGGGGGGUCAGCAUGUAAACGCAGGGGGUCAGCAUGUAAACGCAGGGGGUCAGCAUGUAAACGCAGGGGUCAUUAUGUAAACGCAGGGGUCAGCAUGUAAACGCAGGGGUCAGCAUGUAAACGCAGGGGGUCAGCAUGUAAACGCAGGGGGUCAGCAUGUAAACGCAGGGGUCAGCAUGUAAACGCAGGGGGUCAGCAUGUAAACGCAGGGGGUCAGCAUGUAAACGCAGGGGGUCAGCAUGUAAACGCAGGGGGUCAGCAUGUAAACGCAGGGGUCAGUAUGUAAACGCAGGGGGUCAGCAUGUAAACGCAGGGGGUCAUUAUGUAAACGCAGGGGGUCAGCAUGUCCUCCAGAAAGUAGCCUCCAUUAUCCCUCUCCAUUAUCUCAGCCAAUCAUGGAUCCUGUCUUUGUCUCGACAUGCUGUAGCUCAGUGCUUUCUCCUUGGCUAAACUAGGCUCGUAAUUUAACAUUUGUAUUCAUAUUAAACAGAUCCCCAGACCCGUUUGUAAUGAAGGCAUAUGAUAGUUCACAUGUUCAAAAAGCAGUUUCUGCAACAACAACAAAAACAUGUAUUUCUUUUUCAACGACCGUACUGUGAAGUAGGAAAUACUUAGCGUCAAAUGCCUCCAAUCCCGAAUCAGGUCACAUACUGAAUGUUGGGUAGACAUACAGGGAGUUGCCCUCUAAAAUGCUAUGACAUAUUGUGCUUACAUCACAUAAAGUAUAUUGUCUCUGAGUCUGCAUAGUGUCAUGUAGCGCCAUACACACACACACACACACACACACACACACACACACACACACACACACACACACACACACACACGCACACACACACAUACACGCAACACCAACACAUACACGCACACACACACACACACACACGCACACACACACACACACACACACACACACACGCACACAUACACGCACACACACACAUACACGCACACACACACACACACAUACACACACACACACACACACACGUAGUGGACUGUCCAAUACCACAGACACAUAACCGUGAUUAGUCGACUGCCUCAGGUUUUGAUCUGUGUUUAUUUAUUAAUGCUGUUUGAUAAACAUGAUUUAGCGUCGCCAUGGAGAGCAGCACAGGUCAUCUGGUGGCUUAUACUGACUAUCAUAAACUGGCUGGUAAUUACGUUGGUAACCAGUUUAUAAUAGCAAUAAGGCACCUCGGGGGUUUGUGGUAUAUGGCCAAUAUACCGCGUUGCGUCGUGCCCUUAGCCGUGGUAUAUUGGCCAUAUACCACACCUCCUCGGGCCUUAUUGCUUAAUUAUAGCAUGACAAACACUUUGACCAGGGAUGUGGUUUCUCUAAUAUUGGUUUUCAUUUUUCCCUCUAACAUAAUCUGUGAGGUGGAGAGAGUGAAUGAAUGAGAGGAUGAAUUAAAAAGCAGCUUUGGUAUGGUAGGAUUAGUGCUCUGUGUGAUUUAAAUUUGACAUUGGGCUGACAGAGAGGGAGAGAAAGGGAUGACGGGAGAGAGGGAGAUGGAGAGAGAGAGUAAGAGAGAAAGAGGUGAUUCCGGGACAGACAGUCCCCAGUGAGCAGUCCCAUUAGAACACAGUCACAUUAGAACACAGAACACAGUCCCAUUAGAACACAGAACACAGUCCCAUUAGAACACAGUCCCAUUAGAACACAGUCCCAUUAGAACACAGAACACAGUCCCAUUAGAACACAGUCCCAUUAGAACACAGAAGACAGUCCCAUUAGAACACAGUCCCAUUAGAACACAGAACACAGUCCCAUUAGAACACAGAACACAGUCCCAUUAGAACACAGAACACAGUCCCAUUAGAACACAGAACACAGUCCCAUUAGAACACAGUCCCAUUAGAACACAGAACACAGUCCCAUUAGAAAAAGAAAGCAUUCCCAUUAGAACACAGAACACAGUCCCAUUAGAACACAGAACACAGUCCCAUUAGAACACAGUCCCAUUAGAACACAGAACACAGUCCCAUUUGAACACAGAACACAGUCCCAUUAGAACACAGUCACAUUAGAACACAGAAGACAGUCCCAUUAGAACACAUUCCCAUUAGAACAAAGAAAGCGUUCCCAUUAGAACACAGAACACAGUCCCAUUAGAACACAGAACACAGUCCCAUUAGAACACAGAACACAGUCCCAUUCUAAUAUAAUAGAGCUCUCAUAUCUGCUCCGCUCACAUCCGUCAGUCUGAGACUAGAAAUAUAAAUGACUUGUUAAUCCUGUAGGUACGUAGAUAAUACUGACAGUUUAAUUAUGACUCAUGGAGAGUACUGCACUGUAUAGUCUGUGGGGUUACAGACAUCACGAGGGUUACAAAUUCCAGUAACUUUCCCAAAAUGUCCUGGUUUUCCAGAAAUCCUGGUUGGACUAUGCUGGAUUUCCUGCUUAUUCCCUUCUGAUUCCGGGAAUCUUCCAACUGGGAUUUCUGGAAAACCUGGGAAUUUGGGAAAGGUUGCCAGAAUUUUGAAAACCUAGACGUCACUGAAUGCAGUAUGAAGGCACAACAUUUACACAUGGAGGUGUGUUUGGCCUGUUCUGUGGGUAACUGUGUUGUGGGGUACAGCUCUGAGGGUAACUGUGUGUUGUCUGGUUAAUAUUUUGGGGGUACAGCUCCGCGACACAGCUGAGCCAGAGAUGCAGUUCCGACUGGAUCAAGAUCGCAGGUUGAGGCCUGGACAGGAGGACAGAGAGGCCUUCUCUGGGACCAUUGCACAGGUAAUACCUGGAAUAGUAUAAAGUAAUCCUUCUUCCCCCCCCCCCCCCCCCCCCCCCCCAAAAAAAAAAUAUAAAAAAGUGGUUGUCCCACUGGCUAUCAUAAGUUGAAUGCACCAAUUUGUAAGUCGCUCUGGAUAAGAGCGUCUGCUAAAUGACUAAAAUCUUUUUAAAAAUGUAAAGUACUGGUACAGCUUGACUCAUAGUCAGUAACAGGUAAAGUACUGGUUCCGAAGGGUCAUGUCCUUUAUAUAGUUGUACUGUGCAUAGAUCCAGGAGUUUUUCUCUCUGGGACCUGGUUAAAGACUAUCUUCAGGGCUCAGAGUUUUUCCUGGUUCACUCUCCACCUACCUACCCACCUCGAUGAGGAAAUACUUGAUAAUAACAAUAAAAUAUAUGCUAUACAUCAGUACAUUUCACCAGGACUCUCCUCCCUGUUCCCCUCCCUCCCCUCCCCUCCCUCCCUUCCUAUCUCCCAACAGGAUGAGGAACGGAGGCGGCUGGAGGCGCAGGGUGUGAGGCCCAGGGGGGGUCUAGAUCUGACGGGCCUGCAGGCCCACGAGGCUCCCUGGGUCCAGGAGAGAACCCUACUGCAGCAGGAGGUCCGGUUGUUCAGACACAACACCAUCGUCUUCUACAUGAAGCUACGCUGGAUCCUCAUGCACUGGAGGCUGGGGAGGAGGACUGAGACAGGGGAGGAGGCAGCUCACUCAGAGGUGAGACGACUGGCAAGAGGUAGAGGCUGAACCUAACCACAGGUAGUUUAGGUCAUGCACUGGAGGACGGUGAGGAGGCAGCAGAUACUUGGCUACCCUUCUCCUAGAAAGCUGCUGAAUGUGUGUACCCCAAUCUUAACUGUAACCAUGAAAACAUUUCUGACAGUGGUUGGGAACAAUUUCUCCAGAGGCACUCCACGCAGGCUUUCAACCAUCCAAUCAAUUUCUCCGGAGGCACUCCACACAGGUUUUCAACCAUCCAAUCAAUUUCUCCAGAGGCACUCCACACAGGCUGUCAACCAUCCAAUCAAUUUCUCCAGAGGCACUCCACACAGGCUGUCAACCAUCCAAUCAAUUUCUCCAGAGGCACUCCACACAGGCUUUCAACCAUCCAAUCAAUUUCUCCAGAGGCACUCCACACAGGCUGUCAACCAUCCAAUCAAUUUCUCCAGAGGCACUCCACACAGGCUUUCAACCAUCCAAUCAAUUUCUCCAGAGGCACUCCACACAGGCUGUCAACCAUCCAAUCAAUUUCUCCAGAGGCACUCCACACAGGCUGUCAACCAUCCAAUCAAUUUCUCCAGAGGCACUCCACACAGGCUGUCAACCAUCCAAUCAAUUUCUCCCAGAGGCACUCCACACAGGCUGUCAACCAUCCAUCAAUUUCUCCAGAGGCACUCCACACAGGCUGUCAACCAUCCAAUCCAAUUUCUCCCAGAGGCACUCCACAACAGGCUGUCAACCAUCCAUCAAUUUCUCCAGAGGCACUCCACACAGGCUGUCAACCAUCCAUCAAUUUCUCCAGAGGCACUCCACACAGGCUGUCAACCAUCCAAUCAAUUUCUUCCCCAGAGGCACCCCACAUAGGCUGUCAACCAUCCAAUCAAUUUCUCCAGAGCACUCCACACAGGCUGUCAACCAUCCAAUCAAUUUCUCCAGAGGCACUCCACACAGGCUGUCACCAUCCAAUCAAUUUCUCUCCAGAGGCACUCCACACAGGCUGUCAACCAUCCAAUCAAUUUCUCCAGAGGCACUCCACACAGGCUGUCAACCAUCCAAUCAAUUUCUCCAGAGGCACUCCACACAGGCUGUCAACCAUCCAAUCAAUUUCUCCAGAGGCACUCCACACAGGCUGUCAACCAUCCAAUCAAUUUCUCCAGAGGCACUCCACACAGGCUGUCAACCAUCCAAUCAAACAAACAACCAACAAACCAAAAGUCAGUCAGUCACUUAGGAGAGUAGGAUUGAGCAGAGUACAUUUGGUUAGACCAAUCAGUGUAUAACAGCAGGGCUGGAGCAAAAGCCUGCAUUCCCAGUAGUUCUCCAGGGGGAGGGUUGACAUCUAGCUCAAAAUCACUUAGCAGUGCAGGAUUGAGUCGUUUGAUUGGUCAACUGAGUGAUUGAUUGACUGACUCGGUUUGUUGGUUGGUUAGUUGGUUAGUUUAUUGAUUUACUGCUCCUCUUCUUGCUUUGUUGUUGGCCAAUAAUAACCUUGUUAUUCCAUGUCUUGUCUGUCCCAGUAUGAGAAGUUGGAGGGUAUUCCGGAGCUGGGGGUGAUCUUGGAGUAUGGAGAGGGAGAGACGGAUAGAGAGGACAGGGGCAGGUCGUGUACCCAGCUACCCCAGAGAGACAGCCCCGACCCCGGCCCCACAACCCAACUCCCCUCCCCUGAUCGCCUGCAGCCCCAGAGACAGGUAGGGUACCAUGGAUUUCUCUCAUCUUUUUAAGUGGGAGAACUUGCACAAUUGGUGGCUGACAAUACUUUUUUUCCCCACUGUACAUAUUAUCCAUCAAGCCAGAAUAUAGUAUGAGCUUUUAUGGUGUGCUGUGUGUAGAUCAACUUGGAAAUUAAAGCAUGGCUUGUGUUUAGAAACAGUUGACAUUAUUAGGUCAAUGGAAAGGACUACUUGAUAUCUUGAAUUAAUGAAUGAUCCAGUUUCAUUCUUCCUCCCCCGCUCCUCCUCCUCCUCUCCAGGUGGGUGAGAACCGCAGGGUGCUCCACGCGCUGCGCUCCCUGUUAGAGGAGUUCAGGGAGGAGUUGAGGGAGGAGGAGAGCAGGAGGUGCCAGCUGCAGCAAAACUACGCCAAUGACAAGGCAUCCUGGGAGGUCAAAUGGGCCGAGAUGAAGUGUCACGUCGCUCAGGUAA